GACGCGGCACAGGCGGGAGGGGAGGAAGGGUUUAGCCGCGGACAACGGAAGCGGUUCUCUUGUCCUUCAGAAGAAGAUGGCGGCGGCGAGUGAGGCGGAGCGGGCGGUGCUGGAGGAAGAAUUUAAAUGGUUAUUGCGCGAAGAAGUUCACGCUGUCCUGAAACAGCUAAAAGAUAUUCUUAAGGAGGCCUCUCGGCGCUUUACUCUCUCAACUUCUGGAUCUGAAGGUCAAACCCGACAGGAGAACUUCAAACUUGGAAGCUCAUCCACAGAUCAGGUGAAGGGUGUCCUGACGUUACAAGGAGACGCAUUGACUCAAGCAGACAUUAACCUGAAGCUGCCUAAACACAACCAGGUUCUGCAUUGCACCUUCAGGGAGGACAAACAGUGGAAAAUACAGCAGAUUCAGGAUGCCAGGAAUCACGUUGGUCAAGCUUUGUAUCUCCUAAAUAGCAGAGAUCAAACUUACCAGUUUAAGACCGGGGCAGAGGUCAACAAGCUCAUGGAUGCAGUAAUGUUGCAGCUAACCCGUGCUCGCAAUAGACUGACCACUCCUGCAGUUAUGACGCUCCCAGAAGUAGCUUCGAGCAGUUUAAUGAAAAUGUUCACGCCAUCUCUUCCUGGUGACGUCUUUGCCAACUUCUACAUUAAUCUGAGCAAACUUUGUUUCAUUGUCUACCAGCUUCAUCUUCUGCAGCCCAAUUUGAAUAAGAACUUCAAAGCAGCUGGGAGCUCUGUGCUGCACAACCCGGGAUCCAUGUUUGAGAUUAAUAACCAGAAGUUUGAAGUUAGCCAUGUACACAAAGUGGAAUGUGUGGUCCCCUGGCUAAAUGAUACGCUUGUUUUCUUUACCAUUGCUCUACAGCUUUGUCAGCAACUGAAGGAUAAGGUCUCCGUUUUUUCCAAUUACUGGAACUUCAAGCCCUACUGAUGCUGAUCGACAGACUAAAUGAAGAUCAGUUUGCACUUUGUACUCACUUACUGCUGCAGCGUUUAGUCUGUCUACUGUAAAUGCUGUGUGUGUGAAUUUUUUUUUAUCAAAUAGGUUACACUUGGUGCACUUUUCCCACCUUCCUUUGCCACGUUUUUAAUGAGUUGGAUCGCUUAUGGAGCAAGCCUGGCCUAAUGAUAAUUGGAAAUAUCCCACGAUGGUGAAGUUUGAGCCACCAGCAGGCCUUAUUUUCCUCAGAGCAUUAGGCUUGAUGGCAUAGGCUGAAGUUCAACUGAUGAUGGUAACAUGCUCAUUUGUUAAAUAAUUGGUGUCGAAUUUUACAAAGGCGAAGGGGAAUGAAGAAAGGAAAGUUCCCUCAAAGCUCAGUGUUCAACCACUAAAAUCAAUGCUUAUGAGCUAUUUACUAGGAAGCUAUAAGAACAAAAACUAUACAUUAUACCUCUUUUGGGUCAGUCUUAUCUUUUUGAGACUUUGCUUGUGUCUUCAUCAAGAUAAAAUGGAUAGUUAAUAAUGUAGUUUAAUUGUAAACACAUCAUGCUUACUCUACAAUUUGUGUAUUACAUUUCCAUGAUAUUGUGUUAGCCUUGCGUUUGUGCUGGGUGAAUCAUAAAUUAUUCACAUCCUGAAGUUUUGUGUUUACGUUAAUGACAACCGUUGCACCAGAAAUUAGAUUAUUCCUGGAAUCUGGGGCGUGCACAUUAAAGGAUUAGAGAUUUAGAUGGACCAAAAAUAAGAACCAUCGUUACACAGAUAAUAGACUUCAGGGGGUGUGGUAUGCUAGGUGAAAUGAGGUCGUUUGUGGAUUAAUAUGCAAUGUAACAAAAAACAAAUGGGAGCUUUUCAUGCAGUCGAGCAGUUAAUAAGAAUUAAGGUCAGUUGUGUUGUGUAUGUAAUUUAUAUGGAGUCUUGCGGACAUGAACAUUUUAACCACUGAAAUACUGGAUUUUAAAUAGCCGAGCUAAUGUAAAUGUUUCAUUUUGAACACUAAUUUAACAAAGAACAGUAUAACUACAUUGAAUAUAUAUUCCAAUAAAGAGAAAUCUUUGCUGGAAGUGUAGGCUGUUCUCUGAAGUCAACAGGCAUGAUUCAGUAGAGUACGCACAAGGAACAAUCUGACAAAGUUCCCUAAUGCUGGUCAUAAAUGAGAUGUAUUUAUGUAUUUCAACUGAAUAAUUUUCUAUAGAUAAAGGCGGUGUGUUUGAAUUACCAUUAAUAAACAUUGCACUGGAUUUAGAUGUUUGUCCUUGUUAUGUGAGACAAUUAGAUUUUUCUAUUGCAAAAGCAAACUGCUGGAGCUCAGCUGGUUGAGCAGCACUUGAUGGGAGGGAAAGGAGCCGAUAUUCCGUUCCAAACCCCUUCAUAAGGGCUAAAAAUUGGGAACAAUAAUCUUUCCUCUCCACUCUUGGACCAGACAGUUGUUUGUGUUCCAAAUAGACUUUGAUCUUUCCUGUAACUAUUGAAUUUUUUCAGCGUAAUAAUUACAGGAAGGACACAGUUAAAAAAAAUUACAAACAUAUUAUUCAAAAUGUACUGUGAUCAUUUUAAGUUCCAGCACUGGUUAGAUUGAGCAUUGUUCAAAUUGUCUAUGCUUUUAACCAAAUAAGGUAGUACUCUUCAAACCACUUUAUUUUCUGUUCUCUUAAUUGUUGAAUGAGUUCCAUGAUAUUCAGACUUACAUUGCUUGUGUAGUUGUUACAGUGCCCGCCAUAAUGUUUGGGACAAAGACCCAUUGCUUAUUUAUUUGCCUCUGAACUGCACAAUUUGACAUUUGUAAUAGAAAAAUUCACAUGUGGUUAAAGUGCACAUUGUCAGAUUUUAUGAAAGGCCAUCUUCGUAC